AUGUCUGCCCCCGAAACCAACUUCGUCGCCCCCGAGGACCGUGUCCUAUGCCUCACCAUCCUGGGCUACCGCAAACCCGGCAUGAGCGAGGAAGCCUACCGCAAACACAUGAUGGAGCACUCUGCCCCUUUGACAUGGGAUUUAAUGGUGAAAUAUGGGAUUCUAAGAUGGACGGUGAUUCACAACCCCACCGAAACCCGCGAGCUGAUGUACGAGAUCAUGGACCCGCAAAUGGCGAAUAUCGCCGACUACGACUGUUUCAGCCAGGUCGUGUUUCGGAACUUCGACGACUACAAGAGGAUCAAGGAUGACCCGUGGUAUAAGGAGCAUUUGGUGGGCGAUCAUGAGAACUUCGCCGAUACCAAGAGAAGCAAAAUGACAAUUGGCUGGAUCUCACAGUAUGUUGACCGGGGCGUUGUCACCCAUGGGUUUGAGGGCUUUCCGCCGCCAAAGAAGUGA